AUGGCGCCAGAAGGAGGCAAGCAUGGUGGAAGGCCUCAGAAGAAGCUAAAAGGUCUCCAGCGGUUGCGGUGGUGGUGCGAAGUGUGCCAGAAACAGGCACGCGACGAGAACGGUUUCAAGCAGCACACUCUGAGCGAGAGUCACGUCAGGGCCAUGCAGAUAGUCGCGGAGAAUCCAAAGAAAUUCAUCGAAGGAUACAGCAAGGAAUUUCAGCAUGACUUCAUCCAGCUCCUUCGGACGUCACAUGGCGAAAAGCCGAUCCACCUAAACCGUUUCUACCAGGAGUACAUCUCGGACAAGACGCAUGUGCACCUGAACAGCACCAAAUGGUCAAGCCUAACGGAGUUUGCCAAAUAUCUUGCGAGGGAAGGGAUAUGUCGAGUGGAAGAGAAGGAGGAUGGGAUUUUUGUGCAGUGGGUUGAUAACAGUCCCGAAGCUAUUCGUCGACGAGAUCUUGUGCAGCGAGCGAACCGUUUGGAAGAGCAGCAGGCAUCGGAGGAGAAGGAGAUACUGCAGCAGGUCGAAAGAGCCCGCCAGACCACGGCCGUUCCGACUGAGCCCGAGAAACCUGCAGAGCUUGCCAAGGAGAAGUGGACGGAUUUUAGCCUCAAUUUGAAGUCGUCCAGCAACUCGCCAAAACCAACGAUGGCGACAACUGAUCAAAGCAAGAAAAGGGAACAGCAGGAUUCUGCAUCAAAGUCUGCCGAUAAACCGGUUAAGAAGCCCAACGUCUUCGGUAUGAAGCGAAAACAACCAUCCGGAACUAAAACCGCUACGGAACCGCCUAAGAAAAUGACUGAGAUCGAGAGGAUCAUGAAGGAAGACAUGGAACGCAAAAAACGGCGACUCGUAAAGUGA